AUGGAUUCCGAACGGAGAUGGCGACCCCACCUAGUGGAUUUGGAGGAGCCAGUCGACGAGCCACUCCUAAGAAAUAGAAAUGGUGCAAACAAUCAUUACUGGCUGUUCACCAGAUCGAACCACACCAACCGUCAAGUCAUUGUACAUGGUAACGCAAAUACAAUCAGGAACUCCAACUACAUCAGAAACCGACCAAUCUUUGUUACUGUUCAUGGAUGGAAUAACAAUGGAAACAGUGAGAUGAAUCCUCUUCUUACAUCAGGCUUCCUCGCUGUCCAAGAUGCAAACAUCAAUGUCGUUGAUUGGAGUGGACUUGCCAAUUCUAACUACAAUACUGCCGCUAAUGGCGUUCCCAAUGUUGGUCAACACCUUGGUAACUCCUUAAUAUGGCUUAUCAACACUGCAGGCGGCAAUUGGAACAAUGUUCACUUGGUUGGCUUCAGCUUAGGAUCCCACGUAGUCGGUAACGCUGGCCGUACUGCCGGAGGCCGACCUGCUCGUGUUACUGUAUGUGCUGGUAGUGCAAUACCCCUUGUGCCCGGGGAUAACAGCCAUUAUGUGGAAGGUGAAAGCCGCUAUGUUUGGAUUCCUGAUGGAGAUGGCGUACCGCACCUAGUGGACUUGGAGGAGCCAGUCGACGAGGAACUCCUAAGAAAUAGAAAUGGUGCAAAAAAUCAAUACUGGCUGUUCACCAGAUCAAACCCCACCAACCGUCAAGUCAUUGUACAUGGUAACGCAAAUACAAUCAGGAACUCCAACUACAACAAAAACCGACCAAUCUUCGUUACUGUUCAUGGAUGGAGCAACGACGGAACCCAUUGGAUGAAUCCUCUUCUUACAUCAGCAUUCCUCGCUGUCCAAGACGCAAACGUGAUUGUCGUUGAUUGGGGUGAAGUUGCCAAAACUAACUACAAUACUGCCGCUAAUGGCGUUCCCAAUGUUGGUCAACACCUUGGUAACUUCUUAGUAUGGCUGAUCAACACUGCUGGCGGCAAUUGGAACAAUGUUCACUUGGUUGGCUUCAGCUUAGGAGCCCACGUAGUCGGUAACGCUGGCCGUACUGCCGGAGGCCGACCUGCUCGUGUUACUGGAUUGGAUCCCGCCGGACCUCGAUGGGCUGGUAACUCAAACGCGCUGAACCGUAAUGCCGGACAGUAUGUAGAAUCCAUUCAUACCGACGGCCGUAUCCUUGGUAUUAUGAAUGCGAUAUCUGACGCUGAUUUCUACCCCAACGGUGGUAGAAACCCACAACCUGGUUGCCGGACCAGCUCGUGUUCACAUGAUCGUGCACCUGAACUUUUUGCAUCGAGUGUUCGUACAAACCACUUUGUAGGCAGAUUGUGCCCAAAUAUCAACGAGGCCGAGCUCUCUACAUGCAACGGUGCUGCCUUCAAUAUGGGCAACGCAGUCAUGAACAAACGAGGACGCGGCAUCUACGCGCUACGAACCGGCAGCUCUUGGCCUUUUUAG